GUGAUGGUUGUGUGGCUGUCAUGUUGGCUGGUUCUAUCCAAGCGUCUGGUGACAAUGAAAGCUGAGGUUUGGCCAUCUCCCUUUUUUCUUUCCCUUUUGCUGUAGACAUUGUUCGCAGUGACAUUGCCCUGGAUAAGCAGAAAGGCUGUAAGAUCGCCCAGCAUCCUGACAUAAUGUUGGAGCUACAGAGGGAAAAGGCAGCUCAGAUGCACUUGGUUUUGUUAAAGGAGCAGUUUUCAAACACAUACAGCAACCUCACACUAACAGCCAGGUCUCUAGACAAACUCUAUAACUUUGCUGACUGCUCUGGCCUUCACCUGAUCUUUGCACUGAAUGCUCUGCGCCGAAAUCCCAAUAACUCCUGGAACAGCUCCAACGCGCUCAGCCUGCUGAAGUACAGUGCCAGCAAGAAAUACAACAUCUCCUGGGAGCUGGGCAACGAGCCCAAUAACUACCGGACCUUGAUUGGCCGCUCGGUGAACGGCAGCCAGCUGGGGAAGGACUACAUCCAGCUGAGGAGCCUGCUGCAGCUCAUCCGCACCUAUUCCAGAGCCAACCUCUAUGGGCCGAACAUUGGGAGACCCAGGAAGAAUGUCAUGGCUCUCUUGGAAGGGUUCAUGAAAGUGGCUGGCAGCACAGUGGAUGCUGUUACCUGGCAACAUUACUACAUCGAUGGCCGAGUGGCCAAAGUGACCGACUUCCUGAAAACACGCCUGCUAGACACACUGUCCGACCAGAUCAGGAAAAUCCAGAAAGUUGUGAACACAUACACACCGGGCAAGAAGAUCUGGCUGGAAGGUGUUGGUGCUACCUCUGCUGGAGGCAUGAACAACCUCUCCGAUUCCUAUGCGGCCGGGUUCCUGUGGCUGAACACACUGGGCUUGCUGGCCAGCCAGGGCAUCGAUGUGGUGGUGCGGCACUCCUUCCUUGACCAUGGCCACAACCACUUGGUGGACCAGAACUUCAACCCCCUGCCGGACUACUGGCUGUCCCUGCUGUACAAGCGGCUCAUUGGACCCAAGGUGCUGGCCAUCCACGUGGCCGGUCUGCAGAGGAAGCCCCGGCCAGGCAGGGUGAUCCGUGACAAGCUCCGCAUUUACGCCCACUGCACCAGCUCCCACAACCACAACUACGUGCGGGGCUCCAUCACCCUGUACAUCAUCAACCUGCAUCGCUCCCGGAAGAAAAUCAAGCUGGCGGGGACGCUGCGGGAUAAGAUCGUCCACCAGUACCUGCUGCAGCCCUAUGGCAAAGACGGGCUGCACUCCAAGUCGGUUCAGCUCAACGGGCAGCCUCUGGCCAUGGUGGAUGACGGGACCCUCCCCGAGCUAAAGCCUCGGCCGCUGCGGGCCGGCCGCACGCUGGUCAUCCCCCCGCUGACCAUGAGCUUCUACGUGGUGAAGAACGUGAACGCGUUGGCCUGCCGCUACCGAUAGCCCGCGGCCCGCAGCGGACCCACGGCUCGCUCCCCGGGACGCGCUGCUCUUCGACAGCGCGGAGCGGGCACCGCAUCGCACCUCCUCCCCGCUGCCCGGACGCCCUCCCGCCCGGCACCCUCUCCUCCUACCCCUGCCCGCUCCGACCCGCGCACUGACGGCCAAACUGCGGGGCCCGCGGGGCUCCCGGGAGGGUCGGAGCCGGGCCCGCCCCGCGCGCGGGGAGCUCGCAGCGCGCAUGGAAGCAGCUCCCUCUGCUGCCUCUGCGAGCGCGGCCCGGACGCCGCGGGACGCGGGGAGCCGCGCGGGCGGGGCCACGGCUGUAAAUGUUGGUAAUUAAGUUAAUGAGGCCCGCGGUGACGGGGAGCUCCGCGCAGUGCGGGGCGGAGGCGGUUCAGGCUGCGGGAGCGGGGGGUGCGGGCCGGAGCAGCCGGGACGCGCCGGGACGGAGCGUGAGGACUAAUAAAGCUGCGCUGCCCACCGCGCCCGCCUCUUCUGUUCGCCGCGGGGCGGCACCGGAGCGGGGCGAGAGCGGAAUCGAAGCGGAGCCGGAGCGGAGCGGGGCACCCC